AUGACCGAACGAGAUGCCCUAGUACAGGAGUAUGAAAUUUUGCGCGCCACUUCCCGGUCGUUCGCUAUUCAUGCCAAAAUUGGUUAUGGACUUUACGGUCUCGUCGCAGCCAAAACCUACCUCCAAGUAACAGGUGCCUACGAUGUGUCGAGCGAGGAGAAAGACACCGCUUCCAACCCAGAAGUACCGCCUGUCUUCACUUCCUCGUCCUCUUCAUCUGGAUCCAGUACAGGCAGUGUCGAAGUCGACAUUAUACCAACCGUCCUGAUCAUCGACGCAGCGAAGUCUCUCGGCGGCACGUGGGCCCAAGAGCGCCUGUACCCCAAUCUGCUCAGUCAGAAUUCCUACGGUCUGUACGAGUACAGUGACUUGCCUUUGGGGGACGCUCUGCGGGACAGUGAGAGCCUUGAGGGAGAAGAUCCAGCCGGGCAGUUUAUUCCUGGAUGGAAGAUUCAUCGGUAUCUGCAAGUUUGGUGCGAGAAGUGGGGGUUGCUGGGGAGGAUGAGGUUUGGAUGGAGGGUCGUGAGUAUUCGUCGGCUUCUCACAGGGGAAUGGGAAGUCAGGGUUAUCAUCUCUCAUGAAGACUGCCAGGACAGCUCCAUCACGCUCAUCUGUGAUAAGUUGAUUUUGGCAACGGGGCUGACAUCUGAGCCCAAUAUCCCUAAUAUUCCAGACGAGACAGAAGCAGGGGAGAAAGAUUGCCUGCCUAGAAUCCACGCCAAAGAAGUCGGUCAGUACUGUCGCGAGAACCUAGGCUAUCGUCCCAUCCCGCGCGCAAAGAAGAAAAAGAAGGAUAGCGAUGAAAUACGCACUCUUGAUGAACAGAAGCUACGUACGGUCGUUGUGCAAGGAGGAGCAAAGUCCUCUUUUGAUUUCGUCCAUCUGUUUGCCUCUCUGCAUCGCGACGUGCCAUUGCAUUCGUUGGACAGCAAGCAUCCUACAAAGGUGCAGGUCCACUGGGUAAUCCGCGAGAAGAACGCAGGCCUGGCGUGGAUGGCGCCCCCGGAGUCGAAGCUCCCUAAUGGGCGGUUCGCACCCAGCGACAAGGCGGCGAGUACGAGGCUGGUGGGCAUGUUGACGCCGUGCGUGUAUAACACCCCGAAGCGGAUUGCCAUCUCGCGACCGACUGGCGCCGAUGCGUGGGGAUGGCGGCCGAGGGUCGAGGGUACUUGGUGGUGUAGACUCCUCCACGGUAACCCUGUCGGUCGGCUUGCGGUCCGCCGGUUGUGGAAUUCUAUUGAUCGAGACAUUAAGAUGUCGGCGGGGUAUGAUUCGGAUUCUAAAAUGGAGAAGCUGCGACCGGGGAGUAGCGUCAUCGACUGUGCCGCAUCUGGCGGCAUCGCAAACCACCCGAACUUCUGGGAGACUCUCCGUGGCGAGAACGUGCAUGUGCAUCGAGCUGAUAUCACGGCGUUCACUGAAUCAGCCUGCAACCCCACUGUCCAUCUCGACAACGGCGACGUAAUCCCCGACGCGGAUCUCAUUGUGCACGCCACUGGAUGGAAGCCCGUAGCGUCUAUCCCGUUCGAGCCGGCUUCGCUGGCGUAUACCCUCGGCCUCGCAUGCUCUGUGGAGAAGCUGGCGCAGCAGCCAUGCGACGGUAUAUCACGGUUGCUGUCUGCGUGGGACGAGCUGGACUCGAAGAUUGAGUCGAAGAUGAGAUGCGUCUUCGAUGCUAACAAGUUCCGUGCUCUGCGGCGGGCCUCCGAGAGCACUUCUUACCGACUUUUCCGGAGAAUGGUGCCCCCAUCGCUGGCUGCGCAGGGUGACCACUCGUUUGUUGUUCUUGGCGUCGUGCUGAGUAGUACUGUCGCUGUUGUUGCGGAGGUGCAGGCUCUUUGGGCAGCGGCGUUUCUAACGGGGGCCCUGGACGGAGAGGGUCAUUCCUGUGGGGGGCUGCCCUCUCCGUUGCAGAUCAAUGGUUGCGUGGAGGAUGGCUUGCGCGAGGCCGUCUCGGAAGAUGUUGUCUGGGGAAAACUAACGGGUAGUGGCUUAGAUGUAGAUGCCAUCCAUUAUAACGACAUCCUGUUGCGGGACCUUGGGCUCAACCCUUAUCGGCUGGGCGGGGGCUGCUUUAACGAGCUGAUGGGAACUUAUGGUCCGGCGGCGUACGCUGGGAUUGUGGACGAGUGGUUGCGUCGACGAGAAGAAGACAAGUAUUGA